AUGUCUGGAGGUCAUGAAUUGACAUACGAUGAGAUAGUGGACCACAUUGUUAGCGAUAAGCCGAUUCCCAAUGUCGUGGAGGUGCCCAACAUCACGCUGGAUGAGUCGUUAAGAAGUGCCUCUGAGAUGGCUCCGAGGCCAAAGCCCUGGGAGAAGAGUGCUGGAGAUGAUUUGCAGAUAGACAUGGGACGGUCAGACCUCUCUCUGGGCUCAGCCAUCUCUGACCUUGACCUUGAUGUGAUGUCGAAGUACCAAACAAUGGAGACGGAGCUUGACAACGCAAUGACCAAUCCAGAAAAUUCACAAACCUAA